AAAAAAAUCACAAGAAUAAAAGUCAAGAGUCAAGAUCAUCUUCCCCUUAGAUAUUCUUCUUCUUCUUCACAAAGCCAAGAGAAACAGAGAGUUAAGGAAAAACCCAGAAAAAAGUCAUUUUCCCCUCAAAUUUUUUAUUUAUUUCUGCAAUUGAAAAUUAAAUAAAAAAAAAGAAUGUGUGGGAUAUUUGCGUAUUUGAAUUACAACGUGAACAGAGAGAGAAGGUACAUUCUUCAAGUUCUCUUCAAUGGCCUUCGUCGUCUCGAGUACAGAGGCUACGAUUCCGCUGGAAUUUCCAUCGACAACGACUUCUCAUUUUCUCGCGAUCCAAGCACCUCUCAAUCAUCCUUCAGUCCCUCUCUCUCCCCUCCCCCUCUCGUUUUUCGCCAGGAAGGCAACAUCGAGUCCCUCGUCAGAUCCGUCUACCAAGAUGUAGCUGCAACAGAGUUGAACUUGGAGGAAUCCUUUUCUAUCCAUGCUGGUAUAGCACACACCAGGUGGGCUACGCAUGGGGAGCCUGCUCCAAGGAAUAGUCAUCCUCAGACUUCUGGUCCUGGAAAUGACUUCUUGGUUGUUCACAAUGGCGUUAUCACUAAUUAUGAGGUCUUGAAAGAGACCCUUGUUCGACAUGGAUUCACUUUUGAAUCUGAAACAGACACAGAAGUAAUACCAAAGCUUGCCAAAUUUGUUUUUGACAAAGCAAAUGAAGAAGGCUUUCAUUGCCAAACCCUUUCAAAGAAAGAUAUCAUUACCACUCAAUUUGAGGAAGUGUCAACUGAAAAAAUCACUGGAGUACUACAGAUGUCUUGGAAACAAGGAGAGUUCGACAGGGAAGAGAUUGAAAAGAUGAGAAACUUAUUGAAAAUUCUUGAAAAGCCUACUGUGGUAUGUUCAUUGGGUAAGGUCUCUAGUUCAGGUGACCGGACUGUCACAUUUAGUCAAGUAGUGCUUGAAGUUAUGAGGCAUCUUGAGGGAGCUUAUGCCCUCAUUUUCAAAAGCCGACAUUACCCAAAUGAGCUUAUUGCUUGCAAACGGGGCAGUCCAUUGCUCUUAGGUGUCAAAGAAUUAAAUGAAGAUGUCUGCGGUGGAUCGGCAUUUCACGAUGCUAAAUUUCUCUCAAAGAAUGGCAAUCCUAAGGAACUUUUUCUGUCAAGUGAUGCUAAUGCUCUAAUUGAACACACAAAGAAAGUUCUGGUGAUCGAGGAUGGGGAAGUAGUUCAUCUUAAGGAAGGAUGUGUAUCAAUCCUAAAAUUUGAUAAUGACAAAGGAAGAAAUGGUGCUAAUCUUUCUAGGCCUGCAUCCGUGCAACGUGCAUUAUCUAUUCUUGAGAUGGAGGUUGAGCAAAUAAAUAAGGGAAAAUACGAGCAUUAUAUGCAGAAAGAAAUUCAUGAACAGCCAGAAUCUCUUACAACUACCAUGAGAGGAAGGCUUAUACGUGGAGGUUCCUGCAAAGCUAAGGCUGUUCUUUUGGGUGGACUGAAGGAUCACCUUAAAACAAUUAGGCGUAGCCGAAGAAUUGUAUUUAUUGGUUGUGGUACAAGUUACAAUGCUGCCCUAGCUGCUAGACCCGUCUUGGAAGAACUCUCUGGGGUGCCUGUUACAAUGGAAAUUGCUAGUGAUUUAUUGGAUCGGCAAGGUCCUAUAUACAGAGAGGAUACAGCAGUUUUUGUCAGUCAAUCUGGUGAAACAGCUGAUACAUUGCGUGCUCUAGAAUAUGCUCUGGAAAAUGGUGCAUUAUGUGUUGGCAUCACAAAUACUGUUGGCAGUGUGAUAGCGCGGAAUACUCACUGUGGGAUUCAUAUAAAUGCUGGUUGUGAGAUUGGUGUAGCAAGUACCAAGGCAUAUACAAGUCAAAUAGCAGUGAUGGCCAUGUUAGCUCUGGCAAUCGGAGGGGACACGAUUUCUAAUCAAGAGAGAAGGGAGGCUAUAAUAGAUGGUCUAUUUGACCUGCCAAAUAAAAUCAGGGAGGUAUUGAAGCUUGACCAGGAAAUGAAGGAUCUUGCAAAGCUCUUGAUUGCUGAGCAGUCACUUCUUGUGUUUGGGAGAGGAUACAAUUUUGCAACUGCUUUGGAAGGUGCUUUAAAAGUAAAGGAAGUUGCACUUAUGCAUAGUGAGGGGAUACUUGCUGGUGAAAUGAAACAUGGUCCCUUGGCAUUAGUUGAUGAAAAUCUUCCAAUCGUUGUGAUUGCUACCCGUGAUGCUUGCUUCAGCAAGCAGCAGUCAGUUAUUCAGCAACUUCACGCCCGCAAAGGGCGCUUGAUAGUAAUGUGUUCAAAAGGUGAUGCUGCAUCAGUGUGUUCUGGAGGAGCUUGUCGAGUAAUUGAAGUUCCUCAGGUUGAGGAUUGUCUUCAACCUGUGGUUAAUAUAGUUCCAUUACAGUUACUGGCAUAUCAUCUCACUGUUCUAAGGGGAUAUAAUGUCGACCAGCCUCGAAAUCUUGCAAAGAGCGUGACCACACAGUGAAGAAUGUUUACUGAUGAAUUUCAAUCAUGCUCCUCUGUAAAUUAUUAGAGUGGACACAGUGAACCUUCUUUUGCCUCUUAUGUUUCCUUUUUCAAAUUAUUUGCAAGAUGAAUUAGAUAUUAACUGAAUUAAAGUAAAGAUGGUUUUGUUAUGUAUGUUGAUAGUCUGAUAUGAUGAAUGAAAUAACAAUUGCAUUGCAUUUUGGGACAUCCCCAUUUUGAUGAAAUACUGUGAUAGCAGGGUUUUUGGUUCUGGUCUGGUGUUUGUUGACUGAGAGCUUUAGAAGGCACCAACAACAACAUCACAACCUUUCAAUGGCAAAUUAAAGUAAAUAUGCGUGUAUAUGCACAUCAUGGAAUUUAUUCAUCACAAGAAGAAAGUACUGGUUUGGGGCCCAAUACUCUUGUUUUCUGUUAGGUUUGUGCUGCGGCCCAGCAUACAAAAGGGAAUUAUUUAAAACCUUUGGAUAAUUGGGCUAAAAAAAUACUCGGAUAUAGCCUUCUUUUU